AUGACGGUAGCUUUGUGCUCGUGGCCGCAGCUGAAGGAGCUGUAUGAGACGUCGGUGGAGCUCAACAAGGGCAGGCUGAUUGUCCACGGCGUCGUUGCGAAGGCCGAUAGGCGGACGCGCAACAACAGGGUGUAUCCAAAGGCUAUUCUGCAGCGUGAAGUGCAGCAGUACAAGCAAACCCACAUCAACAACCAGACGGCUGUUGGAGAGUUGGACCAUCCUGACUAUUCUUCCCCUUACUUUAAACUCAUCACCCUCGCGAACAUAAGCCACCAGGUUCUGAGUGUCAAAUGGAAAGGCCACCAACUGUGGGGGACAGUCCAAGUCCUUGACACACCCAGCGGACUGCUUCUGAGAUAUCUCUAUUCUCAAGGAUUUAAGCUUGGAUUGUCCUUGAGGGGCUGGUCGACAGUACGCCAGGAUCCCAGGAGCAACUGUGGGGUAAUCGACAGCGACUUUCAGCUAAUAACGUUUGAUUUUGUUGCAGUCCCAUCCAUCUCCCAGGCGUAUGUGGUCCCUAUCCAGCAGCGCCACCAUGGGAAGGUGCCAGAUCAGAGUGCGAUUGUGCAGUUGGCAUCACUGCGCCUUGGAGCGUUGAACAUGGCCAAGUUUGCUGAUAUGCCAGCAGCCCACAAUGUCCUUGGCUGUGCAUUUGCAAAGUGGAUCAGGACAGAUGCGUUCCUUGAGGGAGUGCUGUCCCACCAUGGCCUGAGCGAUGCGUCGGGUGUGAAUGUGCUGGUCCCGUCACAGCACAGACUCCUGCAGAACACAUCAGCAUGGCUGCCUUCUGGAUGUGCUUUGUUGCAUGGCAGCUACAUCUCUCAUCAAGACUUGGUUGGCCGCAACCUCCUGUCAAACACAUCAGGAAUAAGAGACUUAUGGCAACAUAUGGCAAACUUCAUCGUGCGGGCAACGAGGAACAAUCUUACCCCCGAAGAGAGAGCAGUGGAGAGUUGUGCACCUAGGGAAGCAGACCUUGACAGUGCAUCUCUGGAUGCUUCACAUAUUCACUUCAAUGGGCCUGCAGCGAGUCUGCGCAAGGUAGCCGCGGUGCAAGUGGUUCCAUCUGCGCCAAAAGUGCAAAAUAUCAGGAUCGAGAAUUGUCUCGAAGAAAGUGCCAUCACUGCAGCAGCACAUGCUGGAGACUCAAACACAGAGAGCGAAUCUGUCGCCACUGAAGGUCUGCUGGAUUGUGGCCUGCCUGAGGCAGCAGGAGCGGAGGCUGGGUCUGGAUCCGCAGCAGCCAGGAAAGUGCCAGCAGCAGGCAGGGCAGUGAUCGUUGCUGUCAAGACGCCCAUGACCAGCAUGAAUGAGUUGCCACACAGACAGUCUCCAACCAAAAUUUGGCAGCUCUGCCGCUCUACGGAGAGCGCGACGUGUGCCGGCUCAACUGCCAAACUGAAUGGGUCCGAUUGGCUUGGUGCAGCACCUGCAUACUCAGGGAGUAGCGGAAGCCCCCCGCAGUGUGCUUCAGCCUGA